UCUGUAGGGGUGACAGAACAGCAACCUAGUCGAACCAUAAAAACAGUGACAGCCGAUCCGGAUGAGUCAUUACCUCUUCCUCCUCCACCAGAGCCUCCUAGCAUUCCUCCAGUUUCUUUGGAUGAUGACCAUGGGACUCCUGGGAUGGUGCUGGCAAUUCUGAACACCGGGGCUUUCACUCAUACUGAAUGCGUUGGAGAUACUUAUCCAUGCGACUUUUCAGACAUCAUUAUGAUUCCGCUUCCACCACCCCCACCACCAGCAAUAUCACCAGAUGCACAGCCGUCUCCACAACCCGCACCAGACGAUCACGUCUCCACUCAAGAUAAGAAUGCGAAAAGACGCCUCACAGGGACAGCCCGAGUAUUCAGCAAGAAAAGUAGACAAGAUGGUCUACUGGAGGAAAAUCCAUCUCCUCCACGAUCGCCUCGACGAGGAAUUUCGAGAAGUCCCGGACCACAUGCUCCGAUGAGUCCUUUUUGGAAACAGGUGAACUGCGUCAUGUUCAAAAUGUUACAACCAUAA